AUGGACGUGGAUGGCGAGGGCAGAAAUGGGCGAGAUGCCGACCGCGGUGAGCUCAAGAUUCGAGGCCAGGCUGAUGCUGAGCGGCGCAAGGACCAGAGCAUGGAUAUCGACUCAGAACAGGUGGAUAAGGCUGAACUAGCACGGAGGGAGAGCGAGCUGAAGGAGAAGGCGUUGCGUAAUAAGGUCGUGCGCACCCGCAAGACCAGUGGGUCCGCCAACGCUGCUUCCGGCUCGGGCUCGGGCUCUGGCAACUAG